AAUUGUUUCGCCAGUUUUGUCAUUUUGUCCAACUAGUAUUGCACAAAUGAAUUUUAAGUGAAUUUCUUAGAAGAAUUAAUGCAGAUGCAGAUGGAUAGCGAUAACGAAGACGAUGUUUUACAACUCACACCUCCAUCAGUAGUUGAAGCCAACCAUGAGACCAUGACUGAACGUCGGCUGUUUUUAAACUAUCAGAAUUCCAAAUGCACUAAACAACCCGUGGGAAUUAACAAAAUUAGUGGUAUACCCAAACUAAUUGCUGCUUAUUUGGGUUUAGAAGAGCCUGCAGCUUUCACAGGCCACUGUCUGAGGCGAUCAUCGUCUACAAUUUUUAUGGAUGCAGGUGGCAGUAUGGAAGAUCUUAAGCGUCACGGAGGAUGGAUUUCUACUUCUAUUGUGGAAGCCAUAAGAAAUUCGUCUGAAAAUCGCCCACAAGAUGAUUCCGAUAGUCAAAUGUUGCCGUCCACCUCAAUUUUUACAACAUCCUCAACAACCGUGGCAGGUUUACCGGAUGAUUUUGAAAAGUCCAACAAGAAAUUAAUAAAUUUCAAUAACUGCUCUUUCAGUAAUGUAACCUACAAUUUACUUAACGAAAGGCAAUAA